AUGGCGCAAGCUGAACAACGAGUUCGAGCCGCCACUGUACAACCACCAAUGUCUGUGGCCAGCACCUCGCAAACCUCAGUCAUGUCAACCGGUGUCGAUACGACGAGUGCAGCCGCUCAGAUGCAAGCUAUGCAACAUGCGGCACUGUCAGCAGCUCGAGCCGCUGCGCCACAACCUCCGCACUGUCUUCCGUCGACAUCGUCUGCCACAGCUCCUGCUGGAUAUCCGACAUUAGCUGGUUUACCGCCACAAGCACUGCAGAGUUUGGCUUUGUCCGGUAAUCCACAAAUGCUCUCGGUGUUACAAGAAGCUCGACGAGUCGCAGCUGCCACACCGAAACCACCACAAGCCCAGAUGACCCCACAACGGCCACCGUCGGCCAUGCCACGCCCUCCACAGCAACCGUCCGGUUUGACGUUACCGCCCGGUUUGGCUACCCUUGGCGCCAGAAGAGCAGCGGCGUUUGCGACAGCCCUCCAGCAACAUGCUCAGGCUCAGGCUCAAGUUCAAGCACAAGCUCAGCAGAGCGGUCAGCCAUCUCAACUCGAUCUCGGCAUCUAUCCUCAGGCACAAGCCCAGGCUCAGGCUCAGCAGCAGCAAGCCGCCCAGGCUCAAGCACAACAGCAGCAUUCUGUCACUGGAGGCGUCGAUCCCCGUGAAGCACUCUUGCGGUUGUACAGUCAGUCGUCAGCCGCUGGUCGAGGUGGUAUCGAGGCUGCGGGUUCACUACCUCCCGGACUGGCUGGUUUGGCAGCCCAACAUGCUUCGAUGGGUGGAACGCCGACAUCGCAGUCGCCAUUGUUCAAUCCGGCACUGUUGGGAUUGCAAGGACUCGGUGCACAGUACGCGAAGCCGUUUUCGGCUGGCCUUCAACAGCUCGGUCAGAUUAAACGAGACGGAAAUGACGUCAUUCCAAAUGGUCGGUAG